GAAAUCUUCCCAAGUGAAUUGGAUUAUUAAUCAAGUUAAUCCGUUAAAGUAGCAUGUUUUAGGAUUGAAAUUGUAAUUGUAAUAAAUUAACAAGGAAGUAUUAUUUGUAGGUGACAUUUGAAAGUCAAGUACCAAUAUUUUCAUAGUUAAAAGUGAGAGCAUUAUGAUAUAAUUCGAUAAAAAUAUUACAUAAGAUUGCAUUAAAAUCAUUAUGUAAUAUUUUGUUGUAAAAGUUGUGAAGGGUUUACUACACCUGCAGAAUUUGCCCUUACAUGCUUAUUUUAUUUCUAUAUUUGGCGAUUACCACAAAAAUGAUCCCAAGUAUAUUAAGGAGUUAAGCAGUAUUUCGUUAUUUAGAAUAAGACUUACAUUAUAUUUUUGUCAGAAUUGUACUUCAAGUACAUUAAUUUUAUUUAUUCCUAAUUUAGUGUACUUAAAACAUUUUUAGUACAAAAUGAUAAUAGCAGCAAACCUAGUGUUACUUUUUAAAGCACAAAAAGGCAAUGAAACAGAAAAUAAAUAUGAAGAUGUCCUUCAUAAAAAUGGUUUUAAAACAGAACAAUUAAAGUCGAUAGAUUUCAAUUUUAUCAACUUAGAUAAACUACAAGAAAAAUUAAUGAAUCCUGAUGCAUACCAAGGAAUUAUUUUUUCAAGUCCUCGAUGUGUAGAGGGUGUUGCAAAGGCUUUAAAAAGGUCCAAGCUAAAUACCGAGUGGAAAAAUAAGCACAAUUAUGUAGUAGGAGAAAUGACUUAUAAAUGUGCUUUUGAAGAUCUUGGAUUAGAUUGUAUGGGAAAAGACUCUGGAAAUGGCGAAAAAUUGUCUGCAAUUAUAAUAAAGGAUGUUAGUAUGCAAGACAGCAGACCGUUUUUGAUGCCUUGUGGCAAUUUGAAAACAGAUACAAUAGAAACUCGUCUAAAUGAAUUUAAAAUACCUACAGAAGCUGUAACUGUGUAUGAAACGAUUACCAAUCCAAAUUUUGCGCGAGAAUUUUCUAAUGUUACAGAUGAUUUUGAAAAAAUUCCUGAAUUUAUGGUUUUCUUCAGUCCUUCUGGAGUGAAAGCAUUUUCUAAUUGUCUAGCAGGAAAGUUUAAACAUUACUUAAACAGUAUAAAGUUUAUAUCAAUUGGACCUACAACAAGUAAAGCAAUUUUAGAUGCAGGUCUCCCAAUUUAUGGUGUCGCCAAAAAGCCUAAUCCUGAAGAACUUUUAAAGGCAAUACAACAAAACGAAAUGCAGUAAUAUAUUAUCAAGUUUUCAUGUAAUAUGUUGUAUUAUAUUAUAUUUUCUAACUAAUAUACAAAAAGUAUAUAAAAGUCAUAGCUGGGUAAAUAUUGUUUACCUGCCUUUGCGGCAAUUUUUGGUGAACGUACUUAUCCCCUAAAUAAUGAACUAUGCUUACCUUGUUAAGCCGUUUAUAAAUAUUAUUGUAUAUAUAAUAUAUUUCUGUAUAUAUUACCUAAGUUUGUUGCUGAAAAAAAUAAACAUUUAUGUACCACUCUGUUA